GCGCACGUUCGAACGGACCAUGGCGCCCACGCCGGGGCAGCUCAGCGACUGGCUGCAGGGCAACUCCACCGACAUGUCGGGGGCCAUCUCCGGAGCCGUGGCGGACCUCAGUGAGAACAUGAACCGCUUCCUGAACGAGAACUGGAGGGAAGUGACUCAGGAGGUCGGCCCCACCAUCGCUGACGCCAUCUCUGAGGUGUUCCGGAGAAUCCUCAGCCAAAUCUCCGACCUCAUACCCUGGGAGUACUUUUUCCCGUCGUCCUGAACGCCGCAACGCCUAUUGCAAUCACCUGUCAGCGCUUCCCAAAGACUUAUUAAAGUUCGUAACAAUCGAGUUUCAUUUUCUCAUUCUAAGGGA